CGUGCCCCGCGCCCAUCUCUUGGUGGCCGGCGUGGUGCGGGCGGGCGGGACCAUGGCGGCGCUGGAGGGGCCCCUGGCCGUGCUGGGCGAGCGCAGCUCCGGCGAUACCGUCCGCAACCAGAACGUUACAGCUGCAGCUGCGAUUGCCAACAUUGUGAAAAGUUCCCUUGGGCCAGUUGGUUUGGAUAAAAUGUUAGUGGAUGAUAUUGGUGAUGUAACCAUAACUAAUGAUGGUGCAACUAUUCUGAAGUUGCUGGAGGUGGAACAUCCUGCUGCAAAAGUCCUGUGUGAGCUGGCAGAUCUGCAAGAUAAAGAAGUUGGGGAUGGGACCACCUCUGUGGUAAUUAUUGCUGCAGAACUUCUGAAGAACGCAGAUGAAUUAGUCAAACAGAAAAUUCAUCCUACUUCCAUUAUUGGUGGAUAUCGACUUGCUUGCAAGGAAGCUGUUCGCUACAUCAAUGAAAAUCUUAUUAUUAAUACAGAUGAACUGGGCAGAGAUUGUCUUAUUAAUUCAGCUAAAACAUCAAUGUCAUCCAAAAUCAUAGGAAUAGAUGGUGACUUCUUUGCUAACAUGGUGGUGGAAGCUGCAAGUGCAGUUAAAUACACAGACCAAAAGGGUCAGGCCCGAUAUCCAAUCAACUCCAUUAAUGUUCUGAAGGCACAUGGCCGUAGCCAGAAAGAAAGUAUUCUUGUGAAUGGUUAUGCACUGAAUUGUGUGGUGGGUUCUCAGGGUAUGACUAAGAGAAUAGUUAAUGCAAAGAUUGCCUGCCUGGACUUCAGUCUGCAGAAAACAAAAAUGAAGCUUGGUGUUCAAGUCGUUAUUACAGAUCCUGAGAAACUAGACCAGAUCAGACAGAGAGAGUCAGAUAUCACUAAAGAGAGGAUUCAGAAGAUUCUAGCUACAGGUGCCAAUGUUGUUCUAACUACCGGUGGCAUUGAUGAUAUGUGUCUGAAAUAUUUUGUUGAUGCUGGUGCUAUGGCAGUACGCAGAGUUCUGAAAAAGGAUCUAAAACGCAUAGCCAAAGCUUCUGGAGCAACUGUGUGUUCAACCUUGGCUAACCUGGAAGGUGAAGAAAGCUUUGAGGUAUCAAUGCUGGGACAGGCAGAAGAGGUAGUUCAAGAAAGAAUAUGUGAUGAUGAGCUGAUAUUAGUCAAGAAUACUAAGGCUCGUACUUCUGCAUCUAUUAUUUUACGGGGAGCCAAUGACUUCAUGUGUGAUGAAAUGGAGCGGUCCAUCCAUGAUGCUCUUUGUGUAGUUAAGAGAGUAUUGGAGUCCAAAUCUGUGGUUCCAGGUGGUGGUGCUGUAGAGGCAGCACUUUCAAUAUAUCUUGAAAAUUAUGCAACUAGCAUGGGAUCCCGUGAGCAGCUUGCUAUUGCAGAAUUUGCAAGAUCACUAUUAGUUAUUCCAAAUACUUUAGCAGUAAAUGCUGCUCAGGAUGCCAUAGAUCUUGUUGCAAAGUUGAGAGCAUUUCACAAUGAAGCCCAAGUUAAUCCAGAACGCAAAAAUCUGAAAUGGAUUGGUCUUGACUUAAUAAAUGGAAAACCUCGUGAUAACAAACAAGCUGGUGUUUUUGAGCCUACCUUGGUCAAAACCAAGAGCUUAAAAUUUGCAACAGAAGCAGCAAUUACUAUACUUCGAAUUGAUGACCUUAUUAAGCUGCAUCCCGAAAGUAAAGAUGAUAAAGGAGGGUGCUAUGAAGAUGCAGUUCGUUCUGGAGCACUUGAAGAAUAAGAGGCAUUUUAUUUGUGUUGAGUUAUGUAAUGUAGAUUUUCCUGUCUGUAGUUGGCAGUGUGUGUGUUAAUAAAAACACGUGCACAGUAA